GGGUGGAAAGUAAGGGGGAGCCCCCUCGCGGUGGCCCCUCCCUCGUCGCCUCUAUCCCCGCCCCUGCAUGUAUUGCUCCAUUGUGGAGCUCGGCCGGCCGACAUUCGCGAACGCGCGUUGCCGCCAGGAAGCUCCGAGACCGACCGGACCGCCGAAGGUUCGCUCCCGACGCCGCCGGCCUGAAGCGACGCCACGGAGCCACUACUGCGCUCGCAAUCUUCUUCUUGUCCUUCUUUCCCGGAGAGCGCAAGAGGAAAACAUAGUCGGGCAGCAACAACGUUCACGGCGGUUAUGGGCAUCGCCCAUCAUGAUUUCCUGCUGAAUAAAAGGAAGUGACGCCGACAAGCGGCGGGGCAGAAGAGGAGGAGCCAGUCAAGCAGUUUGCUGUGGGGUGUAAGCCCCUCCCCCUGCGUGAGGAGUAUGCUUUACCUGGGCGGAGUUGGGAUGUGGGCGGGGCUGGCAGCCCUGCUUGUUAUGGCAACGUGCGGCGUGGACGCAGAGGCGGACACAGGUGCGGCGCCCAACCAGCUGGAGGCGUCCAUGAGCUCGUCGCUCCUGUGGGACUUCCAGGAAGCAUCCCGUGACGCUGGCACAGCCGCCGCCCACCGCAACUUCCCCGACGCCUGGGCGCCCGUGGGGCGGGUCUUCAGCUUCCGAUUGCCAGGGCAAACGGACGAGCAUCAUCUGGAGAUCUACGAGUCUGGGAAGGAUGUCCUUCCAUCUUGGCUGCACUGGGACGCCCCACGCAGAACGCUGCAAGGACUGCCACUGGAUGAGGACAAAGGUGUCUACUACAUAUCGGUCGGCGUCUCCAACGAGUCUUCCUUAGAGGUCCUCUCCAUCGAGGUCCGCCCCGAAGAUCCCUCCGAGGCGGAGUCUCAUCAAACGGCGACCAGUCAAGGAGGCGCUGACGGUGAGCCGUCAGCGUGGUCGUGCGGCCCAGAGGAAUCGGUCACUGUGUUGACGGUCAUCCUGGAUGCCGACUUGACCAAGAUGAGCUCCCGCCAGAGGGUGGCGCUGCUGGACAAAAUGAGGGGCUUCUCAGGGGUGGAGCUCCCCUUCAUGAGAGUUGUCCCAGUCGUGAACAACAGACUCUUCGAUAUGUCCGCUUUCAUGGCUGGACCUGGAAAUGCUAAGAAGGUGGUGGAGAACGGCGCUCUGCUGUCGUGGAAGCUCGGCUGCGCGCUGGACCAGAGUAGCAUGCCGAACCUGGCCGACGUCGAGGGUCCUGCUAAGGGAGGCGUCAUGUCGGCCAAACUGGGGUACCCCGUGGUGGGCUGGCACGUGGCCAACAAAAAGCCGCACGUGGCCAAGCGUGUUCGUCGCCAAUUGAACAACACGCCCACGCCGGUCCUAACGUCGCUCCCGCCGUCAUCUGUGGUGGAGCCGCCCGUCCGAAUCGUCCCAACGCUAUCGUCUCCGUCCAUCGAAGCACCCGCCCAAAGCUCAGCUCCACCCGUGCGUGGUCCUGUCCCACUGCCGGGUAAACCCACCAUUCGAGUCCGGGACUCGGUCGUCCACACGCCCACCCUGGAGCCUCCUCAACCCACCAAGGUGAUGGAGACCACGAGCACCAUCCCCAUCGAGCCAACCGCAACCCGGCCUAUCUUCGUGGAAGCCACCGCCACGCCGCCUGCCCCCACGCCCGCACGCAAACCCACCAAGAAGCCCAGAAGGCCCAAAACCACGGUGGCGCCUCGUGAGCCAACGACAACCACGGCCAAGCCAUCUCGACGCACGACACCUUCGCCGGGGCCUCUUCCGGAUCCGUACAAUGAAAAACCGGUUUUGCGUAACCCCAUCGACCAGGUGAACGCUCUGGUGGGAACAUAUUUUGAGGUAAAGAUCCCUUUGGACACUUUCUUUGACAAAGAAGAUGGAACCACUGACAAGCUGCGGCUGAGCUUAAGAAAGAACGUCAAUGAAGUGGUGGGAGAAGGUUCCUGGAUCCAGUUCAACAGCACCAGCCAGCUCCUUUACGGCCUCCCUGACGUGAAUCACGCCGGUAAGCACGAGUACUUCGUGCAGGCCACCGACAAAGGAGGCCUCAACGCCAUUGACGCCAUCGAGGUUCGUGUGGAUCGCUGGCCCGCCAACGACAAAAGUCCGGUGGUGUUCACGGCCCGACUGGAGGGAGAACCGCGACGGGUCACCAACGACAUCCACAAGAAGAUCCUCCUGGUCCGGAAGCUGGCCUCCGCCAUGGGGGAGCGCAACAGCAGCACAGUGACCCUGAGGAACAUCAGCAAGGGUUCCAUUCUGGUGGAGUGGACCAACAGCAGCCUGCCGCACACACCUUGCCCCAAGGAGGACAUCAUGAGGCUGAGCCGCAUGCUGGGCGACGCCGACGGCAGGCCCACGCCCAUCUUCCGCCGCGCCAUGGAGCCCGACUUCCGACCCCUGGGUGUCAUGGCCAAGGGACGGGCCAGCUGUCAGGCCUUCUCUUUCAUCCCGCCAGGCGAGACGGAGAUUCCGCCGUCCGCCGCGGUGACCCCGGCCCUUGGGACUGGGCGGCAGAGUGCGGAUGACGUCUACUUGCACACCGUUAUACCCGCUGUGGUGGUGGCGGCCAUAUUGCUGCUGGCGGGAAUCGUGGCCAUGAUUUGCUACCGGAAGAAGCGCAAGGGCAAACUGACCCUGGAGGACCAGGCCACCUUCAUCAAGAAAGGCGUGCCCAUCAUCUUUGCCGAUGAGCUGGACGACUCCAAGACGCCGCCCUCCUCCGGCGCCCCGCUCAUCCUGCUGGAGGAAAAGCCACCACUGCCGCCGCCCGAGUACCCCAACGCCGACCCGCCUGAGACGGCGCCCCCCGACCGCCAACUCCUGGGCGAGUAUUCGGCGCUCCGAGACGACGACCCCAACGCCCCACCCUACCAGCCGCCGCCGCCCUUCGCCGCGCCCCAGGAGGGCAAAGGCUCGCGCCCCAAGAACAUGACCCCAUACCGCUCGCCGCCGCCCUAUGUGCCGCCCUAAGAACCGCUGGCCCCACCCCAUGAGGUGGCGCUCCUGCUGAGGUUCUGACGCUCGGUGCCACGGCGAGGGCAGGUCCUGUGGGGAGGGGCUACCAGGGAGGGGGCGGGGAUUGGCAUCUGGUAAGGACUACUGUUGUAGCCGAAUGCUAAGUGACCUACGACCCCGCACACCUAACCUUGCGAGACAUGUGCUCGCAUUACCGGUGUUUUGCUUUUCACGUUUUUCGCCAGCGUUCUGUUUUCUGUGCGGGUGGUUUCUAACAACAAGGUACAAUGCGUGCGUGUGUAUGCGCAUGUGUGUGUGCAGGUGUGCGAGUGUGCGCAUGCGUGGGCAUCGAUGUGCCCAUGUGGUUCUGUGUUUGGGUAUGCGGAGCAGGUCAUCAUGGUCACGCAUGCACGAGCGUCCGUAAUCCCAAGGUCCAUUUGACAUGAACCGUUUGUCACGUUUGAAUCAACGAAUGUGCAUUUGUUUGCCUUCAUGUGUGAAGCAAAAAUGUUGACGAAAAAAGACAGUUGUCAUCACAAACGUUAACCAGCGUCAUUCACGGGUGCUAGGAUGAUGAUGAAGUUUGACUUCCGAAAUAUUUUUCUACUUAAGACAGAUGAAGUCAAUAAAGUCUUCAUGUUUUUCAGGACUUUUGAUACAAAUUAGCUUUCUUUGAGGAUUGGUCGAAAAUGGCAAAGAUGACGAUGAUUGUCUACAAUCGGCGAGCGUUUUUGGAUAUUGACUCCUUUUGCUUCAUUUCUCUUCCUUUAAACGUUUGAGGGACUUUUUGCAAUAAUGACGCUAACAGGCUUCAUUUGCUUUCCACAAUAAAAGUCGACUUGCUACUACA